UGUGCUUUUUCUAUGAUAGAGUGUACGAAGGAAAACAAUCAGCAAAAUGGCAGAUCUUCCGGAGAAAUCAGCUGUUACACGAAAAAAGAAUUUUGUCGAACAAAAUAUUCUUUGCGUUAAACGUUCUCGUCCAGCAGAACCCAAACAGCGAUUCGUCGAUACUCGUUUUGGCAAAACGCAUGACUUGAAAAAUAGCGGAUUACUUCCAUUUUAUGUGCACAAAAAAAACUAUGGAAAUUUACCGAGAUUUAUUGCGAUAAAAGCCGACGUGGGCGUAAAAACGGAAAUGAUUGAACAACGUGAUAAAGAUAAGACGUCGAAAAUAUCUUCUUGUCGAUAUAUUGAUAAGGAAGAGCGGAAGAUGUUGCUAGAUGGUAUGAAACAAAAGUGGGAGGAAACGAUGAAAAAAUUUCAACGACUGCCGUUUCUCAUCGAUACGCUACCGAAGGCGCAAAAGAAAGCGAAGAUAGAACGUGAAUUGCAACAACUUGAAAAAGAUAUAGCAAUUCUCGAGCAGCAUCCGCAUGUAUAUGUUUAUGAUAAUAACAAUGCGUGAAUUGUUAUGAAUUAUAACGCAAGUAUGUCUCGCACAAAUUCAAAAUUUACGCUAGCAAUAUAUUUGAGCAACUUUUAGGAUUAUAUGUGAUAUAAAAAAUUAACAAGUAAUAAAUAAAAUUUGUAAAGUUUUAUAACAAGAGAAAUGGAAGAAAGAACUAGCAAAUCUGAUUGGCUACGGUUAUAAAACUUGCAUUGAUGCAUACUUGUAGAUCUGCAAGUAUUUACCAAUCACAGGCGAUUUUUACUCAACGAUUUUAUAACUACUGUUUUUUGAACACAACUUUGUGUUUUUACCAACUCACUGAUUUGAAUUAAUUUAUUACAUAGGUUUUUUAUAAUUUGAAUCAAAAUGAUAUAAAAUGUA